CACACAUCGGAUGAAGCUCCACAGAUUAAGUCUCUGCUUGCCAAUGAAAACUCUAGCCACAAUACCCUGGUGUGAACGCAGCCCUGCUCACCAUGCCUGAGGACAACCGCACUGGCCUCAGCACCCCGCCCUCAUUCUUCUUGGUGGGGGUCCCAGGGCUAGAGUCUGCCCACGUCCUGCUGGCUUUCCCCUUCUGUGUGGCGUAUGUGCUGGCCCUUGUGGGGAAUGGGACCGUCUUCCUGGUCAUCUGCGUGGAGCGCAGGCUUCACCAGCCCAUGUACCUGCUCCUGGCCAUGCUCUCCCUGGUGGACGUGGGGCUCUCCAGCUCCACCACCCCCAAGAUGCUGGCCAUCUUCUGGCUCAGUGCCCAUGACAUGGCCUUCCACGCUUGCCUGGCUCAGAUGUUUUUCAUCCACGCCUUCACUGCCCUGGAGUCUGGCCUCCUGCUCCUCAUGGCCUUUGACCGCUACGUGGCCGUGCGCGAACCCCUACGGUACUCGGCCAUCCUCACCAACCUCACCAUUGCCAAAAUGGGUGUGGCCAUCCUCAGCCGGGCGCUGGCUCUCCUCAUUCCUCUGGUGCUGCUGGCGGUACGCCUCCCCUUCUGCAGGACCUGGGUCGUCAUCCACACAUAUUGUGAGCACAUGGCGGUGGUCAAGCUAGCCUGUGGGGACACCACACUCAACAGCACCUAUGGGCUGGUGGUGGUGGUCAUGGUGAUCGGGUUUGACGUGGUCUUCAUUGCAGUGUCCUACGUCCUCAUCCUCGGGACGGUCUUCCAACUCCCGUCCUGGGAUGCCCGGCAGAAGGCCCUGGGCACCUGCAGCUCCCACCUCUGCAUCAUCCUGCUGUUCUACAUUCCAGCUGUCUUCUCCUUCCUCACCCACCGCUUUGGCCAUGGUGUGGCCCCUUACAUUCAUAUCCUCCUGGCCAACCUCUACCUCUUCAUCCCCCCAGCACUGAACCCCAUUGUCUAUGGCUGGAGGACAAAACCCAUCCGCCAAAAGAUCCUCCAUGCGUUGCAUUGUUGCAAAGGGUAAAAUGAGGGGGUAGUGGCACUAUUCCAGGCACGUUGGGUAGAAGAAGUGUCAUCCCUCUGCCCCCAGUGCCUCACAGUGUCAGACA